CCAGAAGUUGAAUUGAUGCAGAUGAUGUUUGUGCAUCGUUCAUCACUGCGGCCUCAUAGUUGGCAAUCAUGCGAGGUGGAACUUAUGGACAUUCUGUGGAAGUCUAAAUACUGGCAACGAUCUGCAGGCCGUGACCAUGUGAUUCCAAUGCACCACCCAAAUGCUUUUAGAUUUCUGAGAGAUAUGGUGAAUGCAUCUGUUCUUAUAGUUUCAGACUUUGGGAGAUAUACAAAGGAAUUGGCUUCCUUGAAGAAAGAUGUUGUAGCACCGUAUGUGCAUGUUGUAGAUUCCUUCCUUAACGAUGACCCAUCUGAUCCAUUUGAGGCUCGCCCUACACUGCUUUUCUUUCGGGGACGCACAGUUAGGAAAGAUGAAGGGAAAAUCCGCAAAAAACUCGCUAAGAUAUUAAAAGACAAAGAAGGUGUGCGCUUUGAGGAUAGUCUUGCCACGGGCGAUGGCAUUAAAACAUCUACAGAAGGUAUGCGGUCAUCAAAGUUUUGUCUCCAUCCUGCCGGGGAUACUCCUUCCUCAUGCCGCUUGUUUGAUGCCAUUGUCAGUCACUGUGUUCCUGUGAUCAUCAGCAGCCGAAUUGAGCUGCCUUUUGAGGAUGAGAUUGAUUACAGUGAGUUCUCACUUUUCUUCUCAGUUGAGGAAGCUCUAAGACCCGAUUACUUGCUGAACCAGCUCAGACAGAUGCCUAAAGAGAAGUGGGUUGAGAUGUGGUCAAAGCUAAAAAAUGUCUCUAGUCACUAUGAGUUCCAGUACCCUCCCAGGAAGGGUGAUGCUGUGAACAUGAUAUGGCGGCAGGUGAAGCACAAAAUCCCUGCAGUUAAUCUGGCGAUUCACAGGAAUAGGAGAUUGAAAAUUCCAGACUGGUGGUGAGGGACUGGUGAAUCGUGUACAUAUUAUCACAUCAAUGGCUAUACCGACAUCAUUUGGUUCACGGCAAAGCCAUGCUGGUCAUUCCUUGUGCGCCAGGAGUUCAGCUUAGCACCAUGAGGUGGAAUUACGGUUUACUGACAGGCACCAUUUUUGCCCCUUUUUUGUUGAUCCUCUAGCACCAUAACCAUUCCCCCUGAGGUUAUGAUAUAGUGAGUAGUAAUGUUAUAGAGCAGACUUGCUUGACAAAAGCAUGUGUAUCAUCCUUAAAACACACACUGACACACAUACAAACAUGUGUACCAAUAGAUACAAUUUCUCUCACU